UUACGGGGAAACAAACAUGUGAAUCAUCUGCGACUACGCCCUCGAUCGCGAAAGAGGCACCCAGCAGCAGCCUUCCCUCACUGAGGGACUCGUCCGCCAGUGGAAUGAUCCGGAAGGCGGAGGCAGACGGCGGCGAGGCCUCGGGAUCGGGGCCUCCGCCGGCGGGUGCGGACGGGGAGGAGUCGGCGGCGGCGGCGGCUGCGGCGGUGGGGGAUCUGGUGGCGGCGCUGAGCCGGCGGCGGGUCUACCGGGAGGUGACGCUGGCCCUCCGCUCCGGCCUCCGCGACGCCCAGGCGGACUUCUCCUUCCUCCGCACCCGCGGCCUCCGCCGCCUCCUCAAGUUCCUCCGCUCCUCCGCCGCGGCCGCCGCCUCCGACGAGUCCCUCCGCCUCUUCCGCCACUCCCAGUCCCUCCCCGACCUCCAAGUGAUUCCUGUUCUAUUUCAGAAUACUUUGCAUCCGCGCAAAGAGAACCCCGAUGUGACUCUGAAUCACAUAUUUGGAGUGGAGCCGGUGAAGAUUACUAGUCCUCCGACAGACUCUGAAGUUGCACUUGCUCUUAGAGUUUUAGAAGGUUGUUGUCUUUUACAUAGUGGAAGUGCGGCUUUGGCCUACAAAUACAAGGCAGUUAAGGUACUUGUGAAUAUAUUAUCAAACCGAGGAAUACCUGAACAAGAGGCAUGCUUGGAUGCUCUAAUAGCAUUAAUGUUGGAGUCUUCCUCCAAUCAGAUGGAUUUUGCGGAAUGCCAUGGGGUUGAAAAAAUUGCGGAGCUUAUAAAGGACGAGCAAGCAGACGAAAUUCUAAGAUUAAAAUGCGGUGAGUUCCUUUUGCUACUCAUCGGAAAUCUAAAUGGGAAGGAGAACUCUCCCUUGGCGAACAUACAGGAAGAUAUAAGGCGGCUUCUAGGAGAGAAGUGUGCAUCUCUUAUUUGGGCCGCGAGCCAGUUUGGUUCAACCCUAGAUGCAGAGCAGAGGCAGACGGCCCUUCGCAUCCAGGCCCGAAGAGUUGUCGAGUCCUUAGAGCUCUCUUGAUUGUGCGUAUUACCCUUUUCUUCUUUUCUGUAUUUAUAUUUUAAGUUGUUGUUGUUGUGUGGUAUAAUCCUCAUUUAUAGAUAUUAAAAGUUUUUUCCACUGCUUUUAUCUCUACAUGUACUGUUCCAGGGUUUAUAUCUAUAAUCUCCACAUGUACUAAAGAUUAUAGUAUUUUCGCUAUGUGAUUGGGUUUUCAUUUCUCAA